AUGUCUGACCAUGAUGCUCUCUUUAAAAUUUUGAUUAUUGGUGAUAUGGGUGUUGGUAAAAGUUGUAUUCUACUUCGUUUCUCUGAGAAUCAAUUCAAUGUGAGUCAUGUCAGUACCAUUGGUGUGGAUUUCAAAAUUAAAAAUAUGGAAAAAAAAGGUAAAAAAGUGAAAUUACAAAUAUGGGAUACAGCAGGACAAGAACGAUUCAGAACCAUUACGACUUCAUACUAUAAAGGUGCACAAGGAGUAAUUAUGGUCUAUGAUAUUACUCAACGAAAAUCAUUUGAAAAUUUAAAUUUAUGGUUAAAUGAUGUAAAACAAUAUGCAGAUCCAAAUGUAUCAUUAAUUCUUGUUGGUAAUAAGGUUGAUUUAGAAGAUCAAAGACAAGUGACAGAAAGUGAAGCCAAUGAAUGGGCACAACGAGUUGGAAUUCAUACGUGUUUACAAACAAGUGCAAAAGAUUCUGUGAAUGUUGAUCAAGCUUUUGAAAAGAUGGUGGAUGGUAUUUUUGAACAUUCUUUUGAGAAUUCACUCACAAACAAGACCAAUUCUACUGUUAAAAUUAAUGAUCAACAACAAGUGGUCAAGAAACCAUCUAAAAGAUGUCUCAUACUCUAA